UCAGUUCUCAAAGUACAAGCCACAACAUGGAAUUCAAAGCAAGUUUCCUGCUCCUCAGCCUGGCCUGUGCCUGCGCCUGCAUCUGUGUCGCUGCCUAUCCCGAUCCUUUGGCUUACGCACUCGAAGAUGAACCGAAUCUGGUCUACAUGGAACCCUUGGAGUUCUUUCCCGAUGCCAUUGAUGUGGAAAUGGACCAUCCGCGAGUGCGUCGCCAGUGGCAGCUGCAGGGUGGCGGCGGCGGUGGCCCUCGCCAGGGCAUUGACCUCAGCCUGAGCGGUCGUGCGCCUGUGUGGCAGAGCCAGAACGGACGCCACUCCGUGGACGCCACGGGACAGUAUGCCCAACAUUUGGGUGGACCCUACGGCAACAGUCGUCCCCAGUUCGGCGUCGGUGGACAGUACACCUUCAGGUUCUAGGGAAUCUCCGAAUGCUACCGCAAUUAUGUCAAAGAUCAAACCAUUGAAACUUAU